AUGUCUCGGAUGAGCAUCGAUAUGGCUUCGCCGCGAAGCAGCACUAGCACGAUGCGACGACCCAAGCGAGACACUGGCUUCCCCGAGUCUCUUGAUUCUUGCGGUACCAGUCGUCCUCAUCCUGACGCCGACCUCUCCCCCAACGCCACCAUUUCGCAAGAUGAUUUGGUGUCCAUGUCAGACAACCGAAAACGAUCACGACUACCAUUUCUUCAUCGCCACAAACGGAAUGCGACACAUGGCUUUCUGAGCCCCCAAAUGGCAGCAUUGCAUAGCGUUCUCUCUGUUACCAGCAUUGACACAUCUACUUUUGAAGAGCCUCGACGGCUAAGCAACGACACCGAGUCCAAGACGAGCGACCAUUCAGACAACAAGGAAAAUCAAAGCAAGCGUCAUGAUGACGAUGAUAGAGGAGACUCGCCACCAACAUCACCUGAUGAUAAUGAUCCGAAUCAUGACAAAGCCAAUGGAAUCACGAAAUGGUUCCGUGGAUAA